AAAUGCAAGGCACUCAACUACUACGGGAACGAAUUGACAGAACUCGCUAGGCGUGGAAAACUGAAUCCUAUUUUAGGUCGGAAAGAUAAAAUUGACCGAUGCAUUCAAAUCUAGUCCUGUGAAACAAAGAACAACCCUAUUAUUCUUGCUGACAUCUGUAAAGCAAGAACUGAAAUUGUUGAAGGGUUAGCUCAUGAAAUGAUUUAUGGGGAUGUUUCUGAGACACUGGUAAAUCGAAAGUUGAUCUCGCUAGAUACCACUUCACAGCUAGCAGGUACUAAGUCCAGAGAACAUUUCAAGCAAAGGCUAGAAGCUAUCUUGAAGGAAAUCACAGCUUCUAAUGAUCAGAUCAUCUUAUUCAUUGAUGAGAUCCAUAAAAUUGUUGAUACAGGGGGACAUGAUGGAGAGGUGGAUGUUGGAAAUCUAUUUAAUUCAAUGCUUGGCCGAGGAGAUCUUCGAAUUGUGGGAGCAACCACCUUCUGCGAGUAUAAGAUGUACAUUCAGGGUCUUGGUCUCGAAUGCAGAUUUCAAAAAGUACUAUGUGACAAUUUAAGGACGACAUGGCUUAUGACCCAAUGUUUUAUCUUCAUUGGUCCCUUGCUUGCUUCUUGAU